AUGAAGUUGCAGGGGUCCCUGGCCUGCCUCUUGCUGGCCCUGUGCCUGGGCAGCGGGGGGGCCAUCCCACUCCUGAGUGGAGGAGAGAGCGCUGCGGCUAGUGCUGGGGAGGCCCUGGGGCAUGGGAUGGGAGAUGCCAUUAGCCAGGGAGUUGGGCAAGCCAUUGGCCAAGGCGCUGGAGAGGCAGCUGGCUCUGGGCUCAGGGGUGCUGUCGGGCAUCCUGCACUGGGAGAGGCAGUCCACCGUGGGGUUGAGGAAGCAGCCCAUGCUCUCGGUAAUGCUGGGGGUGAGGCCGGCAGACAGGCCGAGACCAUCCUUCGCCAUGGAACGAACGCUGCCAACGGCUACUGGCAGGGGGCGCCGGGCAGCAACGGUGCUUGGGGAGCUAACGGGCAGCCACCAUCUGGAAGCUACGGGCUCUCUGGGCCUCAGCGAGGCUUCAGUGGACACAUGCAGGGGAAUCCUGGAGGCCCAGGGGCUCCCUGGGGCAAUGGAUACCCCAACGGUCCAGGUGGCAGCUUUGGAGCCAACUCUCAGGGAGGCUCCUGGGUCCCAGGAGGCCACGGAGGGUCAUUCAACUAUGGUAGCAACGUACAGGGGGCUGUGGUCCAGCCCGGGUAUGACUCGGUGAGAGGCAGCGGCGGCGGCAACAACCAGAAGGUUGAGUGCACCAACCCCAAGCCCACCAGCUCAAGUGAAAGUUCCAGCAAUUCCGGGGGAAGCUCUAACUCUCAGGGCAGUGACCCCUCCCAGGGCAGUGACCCCUCCCAGGGCAGAGACAGCAACAGUGACAGAAACAGUGGAGGCAACAGUGGUGACAGCAGCUCAGGGCCCAACUGGGACCGACCCUUAGACAGCUCAAGGAAUUUCGAUCAAGACAGCCAGUCAGACUCCCAGGGGUCCAGCACCAGCUCCUCAGGCGGCGGCGGCGGGGGCAACGGUGGGGGACAUAGGCCCGAGUGUGAAAAUCCAGGUGGCAGCGGCAGCAGCGGUGGAGGAGGCGGCAGCAGCGGCGUGGUCCGCCUGUCCGGAGGAUCUGGGGGCCAGGGAUUUCGAGGGCAGGGAGGCGCCAGCAGCUCCGGCAUCCGGGAACUAAGCCAUGGAGACAGUCAUGUUCUGGGCGGCUAUCCAGGCAACUACCAGGGGCAAGGCUACAGCAGGGAGAAUGCAGGAGGUGAAGCCUUCAGAGGAAGCCACUUGUUGAACUCCCAGGCAUCCGAAAACCUCUUCCAGUUUGACAAUCUCUGGCAGAAUUUUAAAUCCAAGCUGGGCUUUAUUAACUGGGAUGCCAUAAACAAGGGCCAACUCCCAGUCCCCAGCACCCGAGCUCUCCUCUACUUCAGCCGUCUCUGGGAGGAUUUCAAACGCAACACUCCUUUUUUGAACUGGAAGGAGAUUAUCGAGGGUGCACAGCCGCGGUCCAUGCAGAAGAGGGCAGUUGGUGCUGACCCGAACUACAACUAUAACCAGCAGUCUUAUCCAACGGCCUAUGGUGGCAAGGCCCCGGCUAAGGGAGGGACCACACUGACUUCCUCGGCUUCCCGGACACAACCUGGCCUGCUGCAGUGGAUGAAGUUUUGGAAGAAAGCACCAUUGGUACCUAUGCAGCAAAGCCCGAGGUCUUUAAUCCUCAGUUCCUGCACCUGGAAAAGUUGAAAUCUGCUCUUAAUCCCGAUGAAUUCCUGGACUGGCACGCCCUCUUCGAG